GACGCGCUGAGUCGGCUCGUGGCUGGUCUCGGUCUCGUGGCUGGUCUCGGUCUCGUGGCUGGUCUCGGUCUCGUGGCUGGUGACUGACAGGAAGUCGGUGCUCAGAGAGCAGACAGACGGCUGUGCUUGUUCUGAGUUUUCCCCCUAACUGGUCUCUGGAUGGUUCCGGUACCGGGACACGACAUGCUCUCCUUGGAGCAGGUAACGGGCCGCUUGGAGAGCGCAGGACAGGCUCACGUCCUGCAGUUUUGGCCCGAGCUGUGUGAGGCGGAGAAGGACGUUUUCCUCCAGGAGCUGUCCCAGCUGGAUCUACAGGGACUUCAGGACCACUGUGAAGGAGCUGCGAGGGCCGCCGCCUCCCCGUCCGCCAGCCUGGAUCCACACAUGGAGCCGGUCCCCCCAGAGUCCGUCGGCAGCGUGAGGAAGAGUGACAAACACUCUCUGGCGGUGUGGGGAAAUGAAGGGCUUUUGCAAAUCUCAGAGGAUCGAGUUGGAGUCCUGCUUUUGGCCGGCGGUCAGGGGACCCGUCUUGGUGUUCAGUACCCCAAAGGGAUGUAUGAUGUUGGGCUACCAAGCGGCAAAACUUUGUAUCAAAUCCAGGCCGAGCGCAUUCACAAAAUCCAGGAGCUGGCCGACAGAAAGCAUGGCUCCAAAUGCACCGUUCCAUGGUACAUAAUGACCAGUGAGUUCACUCUGGCUCCCACUGAGAAGUUCUUCAAGGAGAACAACUACUUUGAUCUGGAGCCAUCAAACAUUGUCAUGUUUGAACAAAGGAUGAUCCCAGCAGUGACCUUUGAUGGAAAGGUCAUCCUGCAGGGGAAAGGCAAGAUAGCCAUGGCCCCAGAUGGUAAUGGUGGUUUGUACCAGGCGCUGGUGGACAACAAGGUGCUGGAGGACAUGAAGAAGAGGGGAGUGCAGUACCUGCAUGUGUACUGUGUAGACAACAUUCUGGUCAAAAUGGCCGACCCUGUGUUCAUUGGGUUCUGUGUGACCAAAGGAGCUGACUGCGGCGCCAAGGUGGUGGAGAAGACAUCUGCCACUGAGCCUGUGGGCGUGGUUUGCAGGGUGCGAGGCAUCUCCCAGGUCGUGGAGUACAGUGAGAUCCAACCAGAGACAGCUGAGCUCCGAGGACCUGGUGGGGAGUUGGUGUACAGUGCUGGAAACAUCUGCAAUCACUUUUUUACCAGGGCUUUCCUGCAGGAUGUAGCAGCGGCACAUAAAGGCCAACUGAAACAGCAUGUGGCCUUCAAGAAAGUGCCCUUUGUGGACACAUGUGGCAAUCAAGUCAAACCCACCAAACCCAAUGGCAUUAAGAUGGAGAAAUUUGUUUUUGAUGUCUUUCCAUUCUCAAGGAACUUUGUUGCGUUUGAGGUUGAGAGGGAGGAAGAGUUUUCCCCUCUGAAGAACGCCGACGGCGCGGCCUCAGACAGCCCGACCACAGCCAGAAACGCUUUGCUGGCUCAACACGGCCGCUGGGCCAAGGCUGCACAGGCCACGCUGGUGGAUGAACCAGGGAAUACCCUUCCCCCUGCAGCCAGGUCAGAGGACAACGUUCAUAUAUAUAUAUAUAUAUAUAUAUAUAUAUAUAUAUAUAUAUAUAUAUAUAUAUAUAUAUAUAUAUAUAUAUACUGUAUAUCUCUAUCUCUAAAAUCUGAAAUGCCAAUGUCCCACAGUGCAUCAGCAGCGGACAACCCUCCAGCACAAUGUGAGAUUUCACCACUAGUCUCUUACUUUGGUGAGGGCCUGGAGGAGCUGCUCAAAGGGAGGGCGCUGCCUACUGCCCUAUUGCUGGAUGAGAAACGGGCCAAAGAGCUGCAGGCUCAGUAACACCUUCUGAUUCAUAGAGUUGUGUGUGACACGAGGAGAGAUGAGGAACCCUGAAUGCAUGUGUUUGGAAUGUUAGCCCAAGAAUGCACAAUUGUUUAAAUACAUAUUUGAACUGUAUGUGAUGAAGAGAAUUUCAAACUGUCAUGCAUGCCAUGUUAUUUUCUCUUUGAUGAGGAUGAGCUACAAAUAAGGGAUUAACUGUGUUUUUAGAAUUCAUUUUAAUUUUUGUUUUGUUUUACACAAAACAAAAAUUAUUAAAUUAAAUUGAUUUUGUUCAGCCCA